CCUGCGUCUAUCAAUUCAACGAUACCUUAGAGGUUCAUACAUCUUCUAUACUACCACACACUCAACACCACCCACCGCCAAUAUGCGCUUCACCAUCUCCCUCGCUGUCCUCGCCGCCAUCGGCGCCCAGGCCGCCCCUCAGGUCAACCCCAUCACCCAGAUCUCCGACGGCCAGAUCCAGGCUCCGUCUGCGACGUCCGAGGUGCCCACCCCCACGGCAACUGUGGUCCCCUCGGUCACUGAGGUCGUCCCCACUGAGACUCCGGUUCCGUCUGUCGCCCCGUCCGAGACCCCCGUUGUCCCUGUCCCGUCUGCGCCGGCUGCCAACACCACUAUCCCGGUCGUCGUGACUACCCAGGUCCCGUCGUUCGCCAACUCGACCGUCCCGGUUACCUCGACCCCGGCCGGCACCUCCGGCGCAGGUGGCUCGCCGAGCGCCAGCGGCACUGCUCCUCCGGCUGAGACUGGCGCUGCUACCGCCAACAUGGUCUCCCUCGGCGGUCUCGCCCUCGCCGUCUUCGGCUUCGUCCUCGCAUAAACGCUGGGCGAUGCUUCACGACGCGAAUCUUCCCUUCUCGCUACGGCGUUCCGACUUCGACGACAUAUCGUCCGGCGGCUUUUGGUGGAGUGGUUGAUACAUUGCUUUUCAUCCUCAGCAACAUCUGCAUGGUCGGUUACACUCGAAAAGUCGGAGUAAUGUUUUGCACGGCGAUAGUUAUGGGGUAAUGGCUGUCUGCUUGCAGCUUUCUUUACAGGUUGGCCUGGGCACCAGCGGUAAUGGGUUUUGGUCCACACACGAUAUGACUACAUGCAUCCUCUAAUGUGUGCUUCACGACCCGGAUUGCAUGUCAGUCUUGUAUAGAUAGCUCACCAGCAUCACAAUCAAGCAUCAUCGGCGC